AUGACUGUUGAAGUUACGCAUACUGCACAGUAUUAUCCACAAGAUAUGCAAAAACCUACGCCACAAGUUUAUCAUAUAACCGGAGAACGACCGGUUUCUACCAGCACGCAAAGCCCGGUAACAAUGCGUGCUCUUGUUACCGAUCCAGAACGAUAUAAACCAGUUGCCAACCAUGCACCACCAUCUCAUUUAACAAAGCCGACUCAGCCAGUAACCAUGUACACCCUCGACACUUAUCAUCCAAUUGUUCACCAGCCACUGCAAUCGGAUCCACGCGUCUUCUACAUUGAAUCCAAUCAGAAGGCUUUAGAAACUUUAGAAGAACACGAUCCAAAACCGAUUCCUCAACUUUAUACAGUAAUUGGAAAGCCCAUAGAGCCGAAUACUAUUCAUGAAACACAGCCAGUGAUUGCAAGGGAUAUAGAACCCACGUUAUUCUCGAUUAUGGGACAUCCUGUAGCACAAACUAUCGUUGAUGAAGUACCAGUAAUCACAAGAGAGAAGGAGCCACUUUUAUAUGAUAUUAGUGGUGAUUCUAAUAAUAUUCCAACAGCAACGGAGAAUAUCGAGCCGACGUUGUAUUCAAUUGUAAGCAGUCCGACCUUUUCAAAAACAAUUCUACCUGUUACACAUUCAAUUCGCACUAAAGAACCUGUUCUAUAUUCAGUCACUGGGCAACCUCGCUAUACAUAUAAUAUUCAAGACAAAAAUUCUGAAUAUUUGCCACAGGUACCGAUUGAAGCAAUGCCUGACAAAACCGCUACGCUUUACUCUAUUGUCGGCACUCAUUCUUCAGUACAUCUACCCUCGUCACUACAAUCAAAAUCAUUUCAACCGAAAAAACAAAGUGCCGUGCCAAAUUUAUACACUACAAUUGGUGGACCUCAACAAACUAGUCCACUUAAGCAACCAAAAAGCAGUUUGGAUUAUGAACAAAACCCUGUGCUCUAUUCCAUUAUGGGUCAACCAAAAGUACCACUAGAUGUAAAGAAAUAUACCAGAAAACCUGAAUCACAAGACCAUAAUCAGUCUCAUUAUCGUGAACCAACAAAGGAAAAUAUACCGCCCCAUAUCUACACUGUAGUCGGCGAACCAAGAGUACCAGCGUUCCUUAAAAAACAUCAUGCGCAAGAAAAUACUCCAGCGCAUAGCGUAGUGAGGGAAUCCAAACUGCCUGCUAUAAAGAACAAAAAUCAAUUGCCGCAAGAAAACAUCUUAACAUAUGCCAUUAUAGAUUCUCCUAAAAAACCACCAAUAAUAAAUGCAACCACUAUUCCAUUGACAGGAAAACAAUCCGUAGUUAAGUCACAUAUUCCCAGUGUAAAGAAAAAUUCGACACUUUAUAGUGUUGUUGGACAUCCUGAGACACCAGUGAUUAUUCCAUCGAGACCUGUGAAACAAACACGUACUCCCAGAGAACCAGCAAAUUCCGAACCCCGAAACGCAAUUCGACCAUUGAGACGAUAUGCGAGCAUCGAGCCGAAACCAUCGUAUACACAUCAACCUGUCAAAGAACCUGAAGAAGUCAUUUCCCAUUCCGUUAUCAAUCAUUAUCCUAGAAAAGCAGCAGUACGAAAACCAGAAAAAAUGAUCAUUCUAUAUCCAGUAGAGCAAAAACCUCGACAAGUACUUUCAGAACGUAAUCCGGUUAUUGAACAUCAUGUAAUAGUAAAACAUAAAGAACUACCACCAAAAGUAAUACAUAAUGAACCAAAAUUUAUCGAACAGAAACCGUUGCGAUACGUAUAUCGUACACAAAAACCAUUUCAGUCGAGAGAGCAAAAUCACACUAUUCCAAAAUGGCCAAAACAAGAACGAUCAUUGCCGAGAAUCAUACGAAAGCCCACAAGAAAAAUUGAUCGUGGCUUGGUUCAUCAACCCAAAUUCAAACCCACUGAACGUUAUCCAGCUGGUGUUCGACGACGUUGGGAUUAUAUAUCGCACAGACAUGAUGGUGAUAAUGAUGAUGAUGAUAAUAAUAAUAAUGGACCGAAACGUAAGAGACCACGUUAUGAUCGCGUACCACGGCCACGAACACCCUGGUUACCAGUCUGGCGUUAA